AACGUGAAUUAUAUUUUAAAUCGGCCUACCGAGUGGCGGUUGGUAACGUCUUGCGCCUAUAAGAGACACUUGUUUCAUUUUGGCGGGUCACAUAUCCUAGGCAGUUCCCGCCGGAGCAACUUUUGUUCGCCAACUCCUUUUUCCACUACAUUCGCUAUUCCUUUUGAGGAGCAACAUAUUGGCUGGGAGUUUUCCGCGGCUAGACGUGUGUUUUAUCAUCUUGCUUCAAUCUCAAGUUAUUAACUUAGUGCAAAUCACGAGUGAUACUGUACCCUGUUUUCACAACUUGGCAGCACAACAACGGAACACAAAUGUUGGAUUCCAGUUAUGAUCGACGCCUCAGGCGGACAAUGGAACUAACAGCCGGUCCCUCAACUGUUACAACGACCUCGGCGCUUAUCUCACCGACAAAGAACCGACCUAAUUCAACUCGCAAUAUCGGUGAUCGACUAGUACCUACUCGGGCGGGAAAUAAUUGGCAAGUUGCCUUCCAUAUGAAAGAAGAACUGAGCCCCACGUCAUCAAGUAUACGAAAUCGAGAAGGGCCGCCAGUUGCGAGUGACGCCGCAGGCCGCGAUCGUAGUUUGUUUCGUUCAAUUUUAGAGAACGAAGUGUUGAAUAGUGGCAUUGAGGAUCCCAGAGAUUUGCAAAACAAAAAACGACGCGUGUUCCAUUAUGAUAGUCCAUUAAAACCGGAAAAUCGAGUCAGUCAACCAUAUUCGUUGUCACCAUUGAGUCCUGCUAGCCAAAAACUGCUCCAAUCACCACGCAAGGCAGCACGGAAAAUAGCCAAAGUGCCUUUUAAAGUCCUUGAUGCUCCUGAACUACAAGAUGAUUUCUACUUAAAUCUAGUAGAUUGGUCAUCACAGAACGUGCUUAGUGUUGGAUUGGGCGCAUGCGUAUAUCUCUGGGCAGCUGCGACAAGCCAAGUUACUCGGCUAUGCGAUUUGGCCCCGGAAGGCGAUAGUGUUACUUCGGUAGCAUGGGCAGAGCGAGGUCACUUGGUUUCAGUGGGUACGCAUCGAGGAACAGUACAAGUCUGGGAUGUUACCGCUGGUAAACGGAUUCACACGCUAGAAGGGCAUACGGCGCGCGUAGGUGCGCUAGCAUGGAAUGGAGACCUUCUUGCUUCCGGCAGUCGAGAUCGCCUUAUCUUACAGAGGGAUAUCCGCACUCCGCCUUCGAUCACCCAACGCCGAUUGUCUGGGCAUAGGCAAGAGGUGUGUGGUCUAAAAUGGUCACCCGACAACCAGCUCCUGGCAUCCGGUGGUAAUGACAAUAAACUAUUUGUUUGGGGCCUUCAUUCUGUUACACCACUGCAAACGUUUACCGAGCAUUUGGCUGCGGUAAAAGCGAUCGCCUGGUCGCCACAUCAUCAUGGAGUUUUAGCAAGUGGCGGAGGCACCGCCGAUCGCUGCAUUCGAUUUUGGAACACCCUUACGGGGCAACCUAUGCAAUAUGUCGACACGGGAUCACAAGUGUGCAAUUUGGCUUGGUCCAAGCAUUCGUCCGAGCUGGUGAGUACCCAUGGAUACUCACAAAACCAGAUUCUUAUCUGGAAAUACCCGAGCCUAGCCCAAGUCGCACAACUGACAGGUCAUUCAUAUCGUGUUCUUUACUUGGCAAUGUCGCCCGAUGGCGAGUCCAUAGUAACAGGGGCUGGCGACGAGACAUUAAGGUUCUGGAGCGUGUUCAAUAAAACCCGAUCGCAAAAGGAAACACGAUCGGUACUGAAUCUGUUCACUAGUCUGAGGUAAGAUCGGUCUAACGUAAUAAAUGAGACGUUAAACCGAAUGGAGUACACACCUAUUCCCGAUGCUUUAAUCCGCAACUUGUAAAUUCUACGAGAAUCUCGGGGUUUUUUUCCUGGUCUGUAGCUUAGACAGAUAGCUCUUUGUUACUUUCGUUUUCCCUCUUACCUUUUUUUUUUUUUCAUUCAUAAAUUAUUGUUUGUGUGUGUGUUUGUGUGUAUGUCUGUCCUUGUGAAACCAAACCUUUCCAGAAAAAAAGGAAAAUUAAUGAAGACAUUUUAUGUUUAUUGUAGUAGGGCCCUAACUCCUACAUCCCUAACCCUACUCUCCCCCUCCCCCAGUGGUUUCCUCCAAUUUGAUUUUUUUACAUAAUUAUUGUCCUUGGUUGGUUGGGUUACAGCCGUCCUUUUUCCUUAUUUCCACUUAAGCUUCUCUUCUCGUUUCUUUUGUUUAAAACUUCCGUUUUCCUAGACAUUUAUAUGUAAAAUUUAUUCAAUCGCUAACACGAUAGCUGGGGUUCGUCAGGUGUUGUUGCUCUGUGCUAUUUUGCCAGUAUUAUCUGGCUUUUGGGUCACAAAUUAAGGAAAUUAAUAGAAAAUAUAUAUGGAAAUUCUUUA